UAAUCAACUUCAGUCGUAUAGCAAAUCUGUCAAAAGAAACUUUGGUCGGCUGAAACUUCACCACAGCAGUGAAAAAUCAAUUCAAUCAUCUAUUCCCAAUUAUUAUCCAACUACAAUGGCAGCAGUAGGAAAAUUGUCAGGUGCCAUCAACAAUUUGAUUGUUGCAUCACGACCAAGAUUGCAAGUGGCCGCCAAAUAUGCUUUGGUCGAAUUGACACCACCAAAAGUCAGUGACAUUCCUGCUAUCCGAUCAGGACUCGGCAAAUUGAUUUCCGGUGCAAAGAACGGCGCAUGGAAAAACACCACCGUUCGUGAGGCAUGGUUGAACACUUUGGUUACCGUUGAAGUGUUGUGCUGGUUCUUUGUCGGUGAAUGCAUUGGCAAACGCCACUACGUUGGCUACGAUGUCUAAGCGCAACAGUUCAAACCUCCAAAAUCCAGUUAAUUUUUAUUUGCACGUAGAAAGUGAUUUUAACUGAACUCUAUAGUUUAUAAUGCCAAGCAGUUGGAUACAGAAGAAAAAUGUAAAAUAUUUCCCACAUAACAUCUGAGCGAAAUUCUCUACCUUUGAAAACCGAAACACAAAUAAAAUUCAUUCUAUUGUCAAAUGUGAGUGAAACAAAAAAAAAAAC